AUGGUCUUGCUAUACCAGCAAAAUCCUCAACAAACCUAUAAUGAUAAUUUAUCAUCCCUAGAAAAAAUUUUCUUUCACUCAAUUCAUAGCCUCUCCUUUAGUCACACAAUAGAACGCUGCCCCACGUGUUCCAAAAACAUAAAAAUCACUAAAUCCGGCCUUUUCACCAAGCACAAAUCCAAAGGCAUUGCUUGUCCUGAGUCUGGAAAGCGUCCUUCCCCUCCCUUCCAAAAUCCCCUCUCCAUUUUUUCUACUCACAAUUAUACUUCCACCUCAUCCAAUAACGCCCACAUACCAACCACAUCAGACACAUUCAUUUCCCUCCCACCUACCACUCACGUCGACAUCAUUAACUUUCUAAAAUCUGACAAACCUCCCAUUAUUUCUAGAAUUCCCAAAGGCUCUAGAAUACAAGUAGCCAAAGCUCUCUCUACCUGUCUUGAUUCACUAUUAAAUAACUUUUCCUCUCUAGAUCAUUGGCUCAAACUCUUUUCAUUUUCUUUCACGACUCUCCAACCUCCCAAUCCUGAGAUUCACAAAUCUUUAACCCAACAAAUUAAAGACGCUAAGAUAAUUUCUAAUAAAAUAAACAAUAUAAACAUUAAAUCUGCUCUCCGCCUACUAGCAUCUGACGACUCAAUUGCAACCAGUAAUGAGGAGAGCUACAACAAACUUAAACUUAAGCACCCUUCUGGAGGUGACCUCAUACCUCCUCCUCCGCCCAACAUAUUUCCCACUAAUUUUACCCCCGUCGAGGUGCGCAAAAGUAUCCUAUCCUUUCAUCACGACUCCUCGCCCGGGUAUGAUGGGCUUCGCCCCAUCUUCCUCCAGGACCUUACAUCCCCCCUCAUAGUCAGCCAGGUCCCUAUUUUACAGAAUCUAACAACAUUCUGCAACAAAAUAGCACAUGGACCUGUUCCCGAAUCCAUCAGGCCACUCCUGUUUGGCGCUAAAUUAAUCGCACUCGAAAAGCCGAACAAGGACAUCCGGCCGAUAGCAAUCGGGACCGUAUUCCGUCGUCUCGUUGCUAAACUUAUAGCUUCCAAAAUUAAGGACAACGCAGCCUUAAUUUUAGCACCCCAUCAACUCGGUAUUGGCAUCCAGGGUGGUUGCGAAAUAGCCACACACGCUACUCGCAUCCAUCUCCAAACCAACCCUAGUGACGAAAUCCUCGUCAAAAUUGAUUUCUCUAACGCCUUCAACUCCAUUCGCCGUUCCCACUUUCUUCCACAAAUAUACCACUCAUUUCCCACCUUCUCCCAAUUUUUCCACUCCUGCUAUUCCAAGCCAUCUCAUCUCCAAUUCAACAACUACUUACUUUCAUCAUCUGAAGGGAUCCAGCAAGGCGAUCCUCUAGGCUCGAUAAUUUUCUGCAUUGGAAUCAACGAAAUGGUCAAAAACAUUUCUACCAACUGCAAUCUUCCACUCCACACUUGGUACAUCGACGACGGAAUAUUCUGCGGCUCCCCUCAUGAGGUCGCCAAGGCUAUCGCCAUCAUUAAUACACAUUCCGCCGCAAUUGGACUUUCACUUAACGAACAAAAAACCGAGAUCUGUCCACUUCAUUGUUCCAUCCCAUUCACCCAUAACUUCCUUACAACCGAGCUAUCAUCCCUCACUCAUCUCGGCUCACCUGUCGGUGGCAUGCAAUCCAUUAAUCACUUCUUCACUAACGCAUCAUCUAGCUUACUUCAUUUCAAAAACAUCUCUAAAUUUCUCCCUCGCCAUCAAGCUUUUUUUCUCCUCAAAAACUUUUACUACAUUCCUAAAAUUCUUUACGCUCUUCGAUCCACCUCAAUCUUUAAAUUUCCCGACUCACUAAAAUCAUUUGAAACUUCCGUCAAAUCUCUUGCCGAAGAGAUCCUUAAUCUUCGCUUCAACCAUAAUUCAUGGCUACAAGCAUCACUUCCAUGCAAGCUCGGGGGCAUCGGCUUACGCUCACCUCUAACUCUUUCCAUCAGUGGAUUCAUCGCCUCCCGCCUCUCAUCUGACUCACACAUUAGCCAGCUUUCUCACUUUCCUGACCCAUUAUUAGCUGAAGCCCAGACCAUUUGGGACAAUUCCGUUGUCCCAAACACUCCUCGACCCUCCUCCUGUUUACAGAGAGACUGGGAUACUCCACUCAAUGAAGGCUCCGUCGCUUACCUAAAAUCGAGCCUUCAUGACGACGAUCUCACAGUCUUUCACCAAUUAAACCAAGGAUCGGGUUACGAGUUUCUGGAAACUAUACCCUCCAACAACCUCGACUUGUUGCUGACCGCUGACAAGCUAAGAUUUGCCAUUGGAUUACGGCUCAAUUACGAAAUUGUUCUACCGUACCAAUGCAAACAUUGCGAAACCAGCGUCGAUCGCAAGGGCAGACAUUGCCUCCAUUGCCGCUUUUGCCGAGGCCGUUUUCCACGGCACACCAAUUGCAAUGACAUCAUAUUGAGCGCUCUCAAAUCCACAGGCAUUCCAUCAAGACUUGAACCGACCGGCAUUUUUAGAUCCGACGGAAAACGGUCCUGA